UCCUCCGGUCUUCCCUGACCUGUACCCAUGGAACCGGCGGUGCUGGCCUCGCACAACCUCCCACACCAUGAACCAAUCAGCUUCGGCAUUGAUCAGAUCCUGAGCUUCCCGGAGCCCCCCGGGAGCAACCUAGGCCAGGGUCGCACGGGCCAGGGCCACGGGGAAAGUGCGGCGUUCUCAGGUGGAUUUCAUGCAGCCUCAAGCUACGGCUCCUCAGGCUCCCUGGGCCCUCUACCCGGCAGCUCCGGCAUGGGCCCAGGCGGCGUGAUCCGCGUCCCCGCGCACCGCCCGCUGCCAGUGCCGCCGCCCGCGGGAGGCGCGCCCGCGGUGCCGGGCCCCUCGGGCUUGGGCGGCGCCGGGGGCCUAGCGGGACUCACCUUCCCUUGGAUGGACAGCGGACGCCGCUUUGCCAAGGACCGUCUCACUGCCGCGCUCUCCCCCUUCUCCGGGACGCGCCGCAUUGGCCACCCUUACCAAAACCGGACCCCCCCGAAGCGGAAGAAGCCGCGCACAUCCUUCUCCCGUUCGCAGGUGCUAGAGCUGGAGCGGCGCUUCCUGCGCCAGAAGUACCUGGCUUCGGCGGAGAGGGCGGCACUGGCCAAGGCCCUGCGCAUGACCGACGCUCAGGUCAAGACGUGGUUCCAGAACCGGCGCACCAAGUGGCGGCGUCAGACGGCGGAGGAGCGCGAGGCGGAGCGGCACCGCGCGGGCCGACUGCUCCUGCACCUGCAGCAGGACGCGCUACCGCGGCCGCUGCGGCCGCCGCUGCCCCCAGACCCACUGUGCCUGCACAACUCGUCACUCUUCGCGCUGCAGAACCUGCAGCCCUGGGCCGAGGACAACAAAGUGGCUUCGGUGUCCGGGCUUGCUUCGGUGGUGUGAGUUACGCCUGCCUGGCCGGCCGAGCGCUUUUUCGGCCCG